AUGAGUUUGGUAACAAAAUUUCGUAAUAUACCAGCAAAAUUCCCUCUCAUCCGCGGCAUGAUAUCCUACGCUGUAAUAUGGCCGACCUGCAGCAUAGUUCAGGAGUACAUCGAGAAUGGUACCACAAUAGACAAAGCUGACUGGCCAAGAGCGUGCCGUUUCGGUAUUUUUGGUACAUUUUUCAUGGCACCAGUUUUUUACACCUGGAUGAAAUACACUGGAAAAUUCUUUAGGCAAAAUAAUUUAAGAACUGCGAUCACAAGAGCGGUUAUUGAGCAAGUUACGUACUCCCCAUUGGCGAUGGCGUAUUUCUUCUUCGGUAUGAGUAUUUUGGAGAUGAAACCUUUGCAGACUUGUGUUAAUGAAGUUAAGGAGAAGUUCUGGCCGACGUAUAAAGUGGGCGCGGUCUUUUGGCCAACAGCGCAAACGAUAAACUUUUAUUUCGUGUCGGAAAAGAACAGGAUCGUUUUCGUGAGUGUCGCUAGUUUUGUUUGGACGAUAUUUAUGGCGCACAUGAAGGCCAAGCGGCAAACUAACAAAACUUUAGAGGCAAUAAAGGAUAUUGAUUGA